CAAAACCAGGACAUCUCAAAGUCUUCAACUUGGCCUGCACAACUGCUUAUCAGCGACCGACUACUAACAAACAUCACUGUUUGUGUACACGCCAAAAGACCAAACUGUUCGGCUGUGCAAGAGAAGGAGGGGGAGGUGGGACGCACAUCUAUAAAGUCAUCGGGCUGCACAUAUGGGGCCACAUUAACAGAGAGACUCCAGACUGACGGCUCCUGCGUGAAUCUCCGAGGACGAUCACCGAAACACUUUGCGAAGGAGUGAUACACUGGAUGAAUAAUUUUUACACUUCUGGAGGAUUAUUCAUUUUCUUAAGCUGCAUUUUGUUUUUAGAAGAAGAGGCUGGAUAAUGGAUGUAUACAUUUUGAUUUCCGCGUUAUCAGUGAUGUACUCCUGGAUUUUGUGCACAGUGCUAUCAGCGCCUUCUGGAGAGACACCUACUGACUCCCCCGCCACCCAGGGGCGCCAUGUGCGGACCAAACGCUGCUCCUGCGCCACUUUCCUGGACAAGGAGUGCGUCUACUUCUGCCACCUGGACAUCAUAUGGGUCAACACGCCUGAGCGCGUGGUCUCUUACGGACUGGGCAACGCUCCCAGGACGAGGCGCGCGGUCGCAGAGUCCAUUGCAUCCAGCAGCGGACCUCGUUGCCAGUGUCUUCACGAGAACGACAACACCUGCAGAAACUUCUGCCGGCUUGAGAAACGCCCCAGGUAUGAAACAUCGCCAGACACGGUGAUCCGCUCUGCCCAGGGCGAUACUUGUGUUGGGGCUCAGUGCAAAAACAAGCUGGCAGCCGACACGGACAGGAUUAAGAGGACGAAGAACAGAAACAAGAAACGGGUGUCACCUCUAGCAAUCGUGACUGCCUUGAAAACCCGCCUGCUGCUCGAGAAGUGGAUGGUGAGACAGCGUCACCGGGCGAGAGCAUGGGAGGGCGAGAGCACGGCCUCCUAAAGACAACAGAAACUCCUCACCUUGUCAUACAGAGGGGGAAAGGCUUUCAUAACCAUGGGCCCUUCUCUAAAGCAAUCGGCCUGUGGGGGAUCCCUGUGGAAGACAACGGAGAGCCCAAAAAAAGGCCGGCAAACACACUCCGUGGCUGCGGUGUCAGACGGUGUCUGCAGCAGAGCAGAGAGCAAUUACGACUCGACUUGACUUGCACGUCAUCAGAAAAGAGGAACGAGGUCAGAGACAAGACAGGGAGUUCAGGUGAAAGGAGAUAAGCUGAACAGAGGACUUUGCCACCAGGUCUGCAACAUCAAGGACAUUCAUUGAGCUUGUAGGUGUUCAGGGUCAAACUCAGUCACUGUGACUCCUUCGGACUCAAAAGCAACAACAAAAAAAACAUGCAUCUCAAAACAUUACUGGAAGGAUUUACUUUGAAUCCCUCUUGUUACAGAAAAUAAAAAUCACUGCUGUAUAUGAAUGAAGACAGUCCUACAUAUAUUUCAAAAUGCCAUUAUUUAUCUCACUCACAGUUGCAAAAAAAAAAAAAAAAAAAAAAAAAA